GUAAACUAUCUUAUUCAUCAAGCAAAAGCAAAACCAAAGAAAAAGUCAAUAUUUCUUAAUACCUAUUCUCCAAACAAAAGAAACUUAGUAAGCAAGUAUGGCAAGCUCAGCUUUUGUCAAGUUAGCUUGUGCACUUGUGAUGUGCUUUGUGGUGGCUGCACCACUCGCCGAGGCUGCAAUAAACUGCGGCUUGGUUUCGGGCAAAGUUGGCCCGUGCAUUUCCUUCUUGAAGGGAGGCCCCGGUCCAUCCGGCCCUUGCUGUGCUGGGAUUAAAUCCCUCAACCAAGCAGCUGCCACCCCUGCUGACAGGAAAACUGCAUGCAAUUGCCUGAAAACUGCUUCUCGUGCCAUUUCCGGUAUUAACUACGGAAAGGCUGCUAGUCUCCCAGGCAUGUGUGGCGUUAAGAUUCCCUACGCCAUCAGCCCCAACACCAACUGUAACGCCAUCCACUAAACAGCAAAUGUAGUAGCAGAUCAGAAAGAUGGAGCUACAUAGGAGUGGCCCAACAACGAACUCAUCUAGUCGAGUGUAUAAUAAAAAUUGAGUCCUAAUGCGAGCCGAUCUACGGCGAGUCAUUUGUAUUUCCUGUUUGAUGCAUUGUCAUUUGUACUUCCUAGUUAUAAAAUCACUAGUUAACUACUACCACUUAUGUAGUAUUUACUACAUUGUGUGCCUCUUCAUAGCUAUAUUUUCGCUUCGUGUUAAA